UGAUCAGAACCAGAGCAAAGUGCACACAGGAAGCUGCGGUUCUGAACUCGUUAUCGAACGCAAUGAAUCCGAGAAAAGUCCUGCGGUUCGCACAUGCUUUGUACCUUUGUGCGUGGAUGAUCGCACCAGCGAAGUUGCACCCGCAGUGCUUGGACUUUAAGCCCCCGUUCCGACCGCUUCGGGAGCUGGAGUUCUGCGUCAUGUACAAGGAAUUCGGCUGCUGCGACUUUGAAAAGGACCAGCAGCUGAUGACCCGGUUCUAUCACGUAAUGAACCAAUUCGAUGACGAAGGGUACGCGAGCUGUGCGGGCUAUGUAGUGGAGCUGCUGUGUCAGGAGUGUUCACCUUAUGCUGCUCACUUGUUUGAUGCUGAGGACCCCAACACUCCAGUCCGGACCAUGCCAGGGCUGUGUCCAGACUACUGCUCCAGGUUCUGGUCCAAGUGCAGCUCCACCAUCUCUCAUCUGUCUGAUGACAAGAACAUUCACAGACUCAUAAAUGAUGAAACAAGUCUCUGUCAGUACCUACAGCUGAAUGAUGCAGACUACUGCUACCCUCACCUUCUCAGUAACCACAAGCUGUCGCAGAGCCUGGGUCAAGUCCAGUCAGGGGUGGAUGGUUGCAUGCAGCUCUGUCUUGAAGAGGUGGCGAAUGGACUCCGAAAUCCUCUCGCCAUGGUCCAUGCGAAUGAUGGAACGCACCGUUUUUUUGUGGCAGAACAAGUGGGUGUGGUAUGGGUUUACCUGCCAAACCGGUCAAAACUAGAAAGACCAUUUUUGAAUAUUACAAAGGCAGUGCUGACAUCUCCAUGGGAGGGGGACGAAAGAGGCUUCCUCGGACUAACCUUUCACCCCAAAUACAAGUAUAAUGGGAAGCUAUAUGUGUACUACUCUGUGGAAGUGGGGUUUGAUGAGCGAAUCAGAAUCAGUGAAUUUCGCAUUUCCACUCAUGACAUGAAUAUGGUGGACCAUAGUUCUGAGCGAGUGAUUCUUGAAAUCGAUGAACCAGCGUCCAAUCACAAUGGAGGGCAACUACUGUUUGGUGACGAUGGAUACAUGUACAUUUUUACCGGAGAUGGCGGCAUGGCGGGUGAUCCUUUUGGAACUCACGGAAAUGCCCAGAACAAGUCAACUCUUCUUGGCAAAGUCCUCCGAAUUGAUGUGGAUGACAAUGACAGAGGUCCACUGUACAGGAUUCCCCCUGACAAUCCCUUCAUCCAUGAACCUGGAGCUCGUCCUGAGGUCUACGCAUACGGCGUCCGCAACAUGUGGAGGUGUUCAGUGGACAGAGGAGACCCAAGGAGUAAAGAGGGCAAGGGUCGUAUUAUCUGUGGAGAUGUGGGCCAAAACAAGUUCGAAGAGAUUGACAUCAUCGAGAAAGGUCACAACUACGGCUGGCGGGCCAGAGAGGGCUUCUCCUGCUAUGAUAACAAACUGUGUGUCAACACUUCCCUUGGUGAUACUCUUCCCAUCUACGCAUAUCCCCACAGCAAGGGAAAGUCAGUGACUGGAGGAUACAUCUACCGAGGCUGUGAAUAUCCUAACUUAAAUGGUCUGUACAUCUUUGGAGACUUCAUGAGUGGGCGUCUGAUGAGUCUCCGAGAGGAUCAACACACACAGCGUUGGCAUUACAAUGAGAUUUGCAUGGGGUUAGGUCAGACGUGUCUUUUUCCUGGGCUCAUCAACAACUAUCAUCAGUACAUCAUCUCCUUUGCUGAGGAUGAAGCAGGUGAGCUGUACUUCCUGUCAACGUCAGUGCCGAGCGCUAUGUCUUCUUCAGGUGUCAUUUAUAAAGUGGUGGAUCCUUCCAGACGUGCUCCACCAAGACAGUGUCACUAUGAUGCUCAACCUGUCAGAGUGAAGAGUUCCCUGAUCAAGUUUGUGCCGCAGGAAACAUUCAUUUCUGUUGAUCCUCCUAAGAAACACAAAGAUGGCCCCCACCACACAGAAACACAUGACAGGCUCGAGAAGCUCACUGAUCAUUUGGCUGGACAGGACCAAAACUUCCCAUCACCAACAAAAGACACCAGCAAAAUACCCAAAGGUCGUAAAGGCCGGCGAAGAAAGGGCAAACAUCAAAAUGGUUCGGUUAGACUUAUCAGUGAUGCAGGAAGAAAUCGUGGACGGGUGGAGAUCUUUGUUAAUGGGCAAUGGGGAACAGUAUGUGAUGAUCUCUGGAAUAUCCAGAACGCAAUAGUGGUUUGUAAACAGCUUGGAUUCCAGAACGCUCUGGUCCCUGUCAAGAACGCAGAGUUUGGAGAAGGAGAGCAUCUGCCCAUUUUGCUGGAUGACGUCCAGUGUGAAGGAACUGAAUCGAGCUUGCUAGAGUGUCAGCAUGCAGGCGUGGGGAAGCAUAACUGUCAACACUACGAAGAUGCUGGAGUUAUUUGUGGUAGCCAAGAUCAGGCAACUGAGGUCUGACGGUACAAACAAAAAAUGAGCAUAAACAAUCAAACUACCAUUCUCUUUUAAAAUUGGUGUUUUAAAUUUGGGUUUCUCGGGUUGUAUAAUCAAAGUUUGGGUUUUGUCAAGGGUUGGCGUACAUGUAUGGUAAAAGUAGUGAAAUGCAAUUUGAGCUUCUUUCAAAUGUGGUCAUGUGCUAACAUUAGCUUGAGAGUAGAAGAAAAUGAAAAUGAAAAAUCUGACUUCUGCUUUCUGAAUUCUAAAAUACAAAUCAUGAAAUAUCUUUUCUUAACUUUUACUCGGAAAGUCACAGACAACAACCAGAACUUUUUGAAUUGCUAUGUUGUAUUAUAGGAAAAAAAAGUGUCUUACAAGUGAAAAUGUUAUUCAGCAUGCAGCACAAGAUGAGACGUGUGCGUCAUAUAAAGGGUUGCAUAGUUAGCAUUAGAUGGUCAGGUACCUCGGUCUGAUGCAGACAGGGUAAACAACACCACACCACUCAGGUUUAAUGAAACUAGCUGUGAGUUUGGACAACCCACACAUGGUUUUGGUAAACCAGCACGUUGAAAGAAGCCCAAGGUGUCUCCAGUUUCACUGAUGGCCUUCCUCUAAACACUAAUGAACUGUUCACUGGUUAAAAGAAAUUUAACAAUGAAGAGUUUUUGAGAGAUUUUAUCUUAAUGAGUACAAGCUUUUGUCUCUUGAGAUGAUGAAUAAAGGCCAAACUAAAGAACUUCUACAUGUCAUCGGUCAUCUUGUAUUUUU